AUGUAUGCAAAGCACCUGUUCAACAGACCGGCACUGGCUUUGCAACUUGGUUCAAGGCGAGUUGCCAACCUUGUGAGACCCAAUUAUGUCGUCACGCGGGCAAUUGGACUCCCCCGAGCCAUGAAUAAUUCUGCGGUCGGGAAAUCUGGCACUUCUUCGACAUCGAAUAAGGCACCAGGAACUCAAAUCGGAGCAGACACUGAGGAAUUGUACAAGACGAGAUCGAUCCAGGAUCUAUUAUCCUUGAAAGGCAGAGUAACUGUUGUUACUGGGGGAGCAAGAGGUAUUGGACUUGCUUUGGCCCGGGGAGCAGCAGAACUUGGGAGCGACGUGGCAGUUCUUGAUGUUCUGGAAAAGCCAUCCGAGGCAUUUUUUGAGCUUGAGAGUGAGCUUGGAGUUCGUGCCAAAUAUUAUAGGACGAGUGUCACAGACGUAAACGGUCUGACCAGCAGUUUUGAAUCCGUUGUGAAGGACUUUGGUCGAAUAGACAAUUGUGUCACUGCGGCAGGAAUAGUGCAUGAUAAGCCAUUCUUAGAGACUACUUGGGACGAUGGAGCCAGGGUGCUGGAGGUAAAUGUCAUGGGCACUUUCUUGAGCGUCCAACUAGCCGCCAAACAAAUGCGAGCUCAGAAGACAGGCGGGAGCAUUGUCAUGAUUGCAUCAAUCGCAGCUCGAGCUGCAUUGCCGUCUCAAAGGCUUUCAAUAUAUGGAGCUUCGAAAGGCGCCGUGAAAUCUUUAUGCCAGCAACUUUCGGUCGAGCUAGGUCCUCUUGGAAUUCGAGUGAACUCCAUUUCUCCGGGGUAUAUCGCAACAGAAAUGACCAAAGGUUUGGCAGUCACGAACCCAGAACUAUUUUCAGUCUUCCAAUCAGCGGCUCCACUGCAGCGUAUAGGGGACAGGGUUGACCUCAAGGCAGUGGCGGGAUGUCUCAGUGAUGCAGCUGCAUAUACCACGGGUAGUGAUAUUCUUGUCACCGGGGGACUGCAUGCAGGUCAGAUGUAA